AUGCAGUUUCUUCUCGUGUUGGGAGUUUUGGCUGUUCUCAUACCAUCUCCAUUAAUGGGGCUUCCAAUGGCAGACGCACUGGUUUUUACAGUUUUAGCAAAUAAGACCCAUGAAGUUGAAUUCAGAGAUCUUAGAGCCACUCCCGUAAUUCCUGGUGAAAUGUUCAAGAUCGAGGGCUCUUUUAUUACAAAGUCCAAAGAACCCAUCAAGGCUGCAGAUGCUCAAGUUUCACUCUCUGUCCAGCAUUGUGGAUUUCAUCUUGUAGAUUCAACGAUCCCGAUUAGUGAGCUGUUUUCGCAGGCAGAGAGCAAAACGGUCCCCACAUUCCCCCUUUUACCGGGAGUUUCAUAUGAAUUUUCUAUAGGUGCGAAACUCCCUGAAUCAAUUGCAAGCGGAAGGUACAAUGUAUUGAUCACAGGAACGAAAAACGAUGUUACUCUUUUCAAGAUAAGUGCAACUUUUUUCAAGUUCCGCGACGAUGCCAUGGCAGAUUCUGCCUCCUCUCCGUCAAAGAAGGAAAAAAUUGAUACUGUGCCUGUUCCCGAUGGUGCGUUUUGUGCAAAUACAAAUUCGGCAUUGGCUGUUGCAACUACCCUGUUUGUGCUUAUUAUUUUAUAA